AUGGUUCUAUCACCUCUGCUGUCGAACUCGUCACUAUCAGGAUGUUUGAGGAAUCUUGUGCGCGUGACAUCAAUGAGGAACUCUGUUAGGAGUCGACAUACCCGUGCCCUGCCGCCAACGAUUUUAUCAAAAAUCUUCGGAGUUAAUAAAGGCAAAGCCUUCGGAAAAGAUGCUGCGACUGCUGGUUCGGAUUUCCAGCGAUCGGUUAAUUUCGUUUCGCCGUGCUUGCGUGAAGAGCUCUUGUGCAAGUUAUCGGAGCCAGUCAGAGAUUGUUGCCACAAAGUCACUAUUGUCGGUACUGGUAUGGUCGGCGUCGCUAUCGCCAAUUCGCUUCUCUUUCAGCGAAUCACUUCGCAUAUCGCAAUGGUAGAUGCCUUUCCUAAGAAAUUAGAAGGUGAAGGGAUGGACUAUAGUCAUAGUUCCACAUUUAUAGGAGAUCCAAAGAUCGAGUACGAUACAGGUAAUAAAUUUAUUAAAUAUAAAAAAAUGUCUAAGCACGCUCUGUCUGCUUUCGUAAUCUUAUUUGCAACCAUUAUCUUUCUUCGAUUAUACCUAAAUGUAUCUAAAAACAUUUUCCGUGUAGAUUUUUGCAUAUCACACAAUUCGAAAGUCGUAGUCAUUACCGCGGGUGUACGACCUGUGAAGGGUGAAACUCGGCUUGAUUUGGUGCAAAGAAAUGCGGAGAUACUCAGAAGCAUAAUACCACCACUUGUAAAUUACAGCCCGAACGCCGUCUUCGUCAUCAUCAGCAAUCCAGUGGAUAUCUUGUCUUGGAUCACCUGGAAAAUAAGCGGACUUCCGGUCCAUCAGGUAAUCGGUAGUGGCACGCAUCUGGAUAGCGCGAGAUUCCGCUUCCUGAUUGCUGAUCGACUAGGAAUAGCGCCGAGCUCGGUCCAAGGAUACAUCAUCGGUGAACACGGGGACAGUAUGGGUGAGUUAUAUCGAUCGAUCUGUGACAUUUGACAUAGAGAGAAAGGUGGCGUUACGC